AAUAUCUAUAACUGCAGUCUCAGACCUACCCCGGACUACCAGUCGGUUUCAGUCCUACCCCGGACUACAGUCGGUUUCAGUCCUACCCCGGACUACAGUCGGUUUCAGUCCUACCCCGGACUACAGUCGGUUUCAGUCCUACCCCGGACUACCAGUCGGUUUCAGUCCUACCCCGGACUACAGUCGGUUUCAGUCCUACCCCGGACUACCAGUCGGAGACAUCUCUUCUUUCCGUAGCUUUACAUCUGUUCCAUACAGUUUGAUGACACUGAUAAAAGCCUUGCCUCUCCUGGCCGUCCUGUCUACAGAAGUAUCCUUUGGGAAAGUUCUCUUUUGAACAAACCUGUAUGUGACAGGUUUAUGUGAGCGUGCAUACUAGACGUACCACUCAGCAGCUCAAAGGCGACUUCAACAACACAACAUUAAUCGGAUAAAUGUGGAAAACUGAAAUGGAUUUCGUCGACUUUACCCGUACCUCCCAUACACUGGAGUAUAUGUAUAACGAGGAGCAGGAGAAGGAUUGGCCAGAAUUUUUCGAAUUAUAUAAAGACAGAUUUCCCCUGUUGGCAUACAUUGUCGGCGGAAACUAUGGAGAGACUGUCUAUGAUGACUUCUGCAGUGACCAGAUAUAUCGAGUCCAAACGUAUUCCAAUCAGAGACGUAUAGUAGCCAAAGCAGCGAAAGUGUACGACCGCUUUAUUGAUAUCUACCUUUCCCUCCCGAUCGACACUAAACACCAGUUCUGUGUGCUGAAGGGACAUAGAGGAAAAGCUGAAGCACCUAAAACUUUAAAGGACAUUGUAGAGAGUAAUCCGUUCCCGAUUCAAGUGAAGUUUGCGCCAGAUGAAAGAGAGAUAUACGUGGGGAACAGUCGCGAAGAUGUGUCUUCGUACGCCACAAUAUUGUUGACACGGGAGUAUACAGAGAACUUCAUUCUAGGCAACUGUAUAAUGAAUGGACAAGUAUGUAAAACUGUCACAGUAGCAGCUAUCAGUGCUUUGAUAUCCGUGGCACCUGUCUCGGGCAUCAAUGGAAAGUCAGCAGAGUUUUUCCGAAGAUUUCUCAGCGAUUUGCAGGCAUCUUUAGCUGAUGUCAAAUAUGAUCGUACUGUGGGAAAUACAAGUAUAACCAAAAUAACUCCUGAGGGUACAGGAACCGGAAACAUUCUUCCAAAGCUUGAUCCGCCCCUGCUUCCGGUUGAUGGGGACUCUGAAGAUUCAGAUGAUGAUCUCUAUGAGUUGCCCAUUGAACCUUCUAUCGGACCCGACCUACCACAGCGAACGCCGACAAAUCCGACUACCACCACGACGUCUGGGAAUCCAUUCGCUGCAAGACAGGUCUACGAAAAUGCGGCUAUUGUGAGCCCCAUGCCAUCAACCUGUAUACCCCCAAAGGUUACUGGAGGUAAACAACAUUCUGCAGUGAUAUCUAAGAAAUCUACUAAAAAUCCGGCUUCCUCAUCUCUCAAUUCGUCAACUUCCACACCGGAAAGGAAACCACAAUCGGCAGGAGACGGUUUAGUAUCGGCACGUGGUCCUCUUCCAACCCCAAAAGGCCCUCUAGUGAGAAGUGAUACUAGUAGUUUGUUUAGUGAGGGUAAUUACUUUGAUAUGAACGAGGCAGAUGACACGUAUGAAACGUUAAGCUCAGUCGUACCAAAUAAAGAGGAGAACGAUAGCAAAAACGGCACUGGAAUAGCAAGGACCGAAGAUGUGCCAAACGAGGAAGCUGCAAAUGACCAAACAAUUGGAGGAAAACAACAUUUGAUCGGAUUAUCGGUAGAGGACAUUGGGGGGUGUUUGCGAAAAUUGGGACUUGAUAAAUACGUUGGUCGGUUCGCCGAAGAUAUGGUUGAUGGUGUUAUUCUGUUUGAACUGACCAAGAGCGAUUUGAAGGCAGAAUAUGGCUUCAAAGCAGUCGAACUGAUAAAAAUCUGGAAAUUUAUAAUGGACGGUUAUAUCCCGAAAGGCACAGCGAGAUACACAUACGAGUAUGAUGAAACUCAGGGCUACAACGGUUCCGAACUUCUGCAGAAAUAUCGAGACCGGUUUCCUUUGUUAGCUAUCGUAACACAAGGUGACUAUGGGAAAACUGUGUUUGACGACUUCUGUGAUGAUCAGGUAUACAGAAUCCACACGUUUACAUGUCAGAGACGCGCGGUCAUGAAGGAGACACGUGUGAAACAGGAUCCUCUCAAAUACAACUUCGUAUCUUACCCGGUGGAUACAGUCUACAAAUUCUGCGUGAUGAAAAGCAGAACAGAUUGGACUGAGCCGAUGACAUUGGCUGACAUUUUAAAUGAGUAUCCCUUCCCUAUCAUGGUGAAAUUUUCACCCAUGUGCAAAUACGUCAAAAUACACGACACAAUGGAUCUGACCGAGAAAAUCAGCAGUCUGCUUAUAAUUACGGCAUACGAGGAGACAUUCUUUACCGGGAAUUGCCUUGAAAAAGGUGUUAUUCAUCCUGGAAUCACAAUGGCGGCCCUUAGCCCGCGUAUCGAGUAUGCUGAGAUAACAGGAAUAAAAGGGAAAUCAGCCGAGACUUUCCGAAAGCAUCUAAAUACACUCGAAAGGUUUCUCAAAGACAAUGAUGUGACGUUCGAUAGGACGGCUGGAAAUCCAGCGGUAACGAGAAUGUCCGAAGAAGGAACAGGAACCGGAAACCCUGUACCGGAAGUUUUGAAAACCCUUAUACCAGAACUGAAAAGAAAACCACCGCCUGUACUCCCAAAACGAGAAAUGAUCAAUCCUAAGAGUAAGCAGGAGGAAUUAUUAGAGAGACCUCUCCCACCAAUUCCAAAUCAAAUUCCCAAACCGAAACCGAAAGCUGUCGUCCACCCUACGUUUCUCACAAUACAGAUGAAGCAGCAGACUGUCAGUGUUGACAAUUCUUCAGAUGCGGAUUAUACAUAUUUAGAAAUAGAAAACCUGUGUAUUGGAGAAAGGACAAACCCCGAAGCAGUCCGAAGAUGUUUAAAACAAAGCAGUGUAUCGGAUAUCAGUAAAUACUUGGUAGCGUUGAAGCUAGAUAAGUAUGUGGAAAGAUUUCGGGAAGAACUUAUCGAUGGGGAAAUAUUCGUUGACCUGACAGAUGAACUUCUUACAGAAUUCCAUAUGCAAAGGCUAGAGAUAAUUAGAUUGUUGAUGUUCAUAAAAACAGGGCAUAUCCCGCGCUGA